AUGUUUGCGUCAUUUUUUAUCUUAUUUCUGUGUUCAGAGGUAGGGAAGCUGUUACAAGUUCAGAAUGGGACACCUCCAAGCACCAACUACAACGGGGUAGACGCCAUACAUGCCUGCAAUAUCCUUCAGCAGCUCAAAGCUCUUUAUGAUGAAGCUCAGCUCACAGACAUUGUCGUAGAAGUGGACCAUGGCAAGACGUUCUCGUGCCACCGGAACGUUCUUGCGGCAAUCAGCCCUUAUUUUAGGUCCAUGUUCACCAGUGGCCUUACAGAGAGCAGCCAACGGGAAGUCAGAAUUGUUGGGGUGGAAUCAGAAUCUAUGCACCUCGUCUUAGACUAUGCCUACACGUCCAGGGUCACGCUCUCAGAGUCUAAUGUCCAGGCCCUGUUCACCGCAGCCAGCAUUUUCCAGAUACCUGCCCUGCAGGACCAGUGUGCCCAGUUUAUGAUCAGCAGGCUCGACCCACAGAACUGUAUAGGGGUUUUCAUGUUUGCUGAUGCCUAUGGGCACCAAGAGCUGAAGGAACGCUCACAAGACUACAUCCGCAAAAAGUUCCUAUGUGUUUCACGGGAGCAAGAGUUCCUCCAGAUGACCAAGGAGCAGCUGGUCAGCAUUUUAAACAGUGAUGACCUCAAUGUGGAGAAAGAGGAGCAUGUCUAUGAGAGCAUAAUCCGUUGGCUGGAGCAUGAUCUGAGUGGUCGUGAGGCCCAUCUUUCAGAGGUGUUUUCCCUGUGCAUUCGUCUGCCUCUGCUGGAUGAUACUUUCCUCAGUCGGAUACCCGCACCGUUUGCUUGCGCCCUUUCCCUUUCUAAAGACCCUGUUGAGGCUAAAGCCCGCCUCACUGGCACUAAUGGUUGCCCCCAGCGCCUGGGAAUGACUGCUUCUGAGAUGGUCAUCUGCUUCGAUGCCGCUCACAAACACUCAGGGAAGAAGCAGACGGUACCUUGUUUAGACACGGCAACAGGGAGGGUGUUCAAGCUGUGCAAACCACCCAACGAUCUCCGAGAAGUUGGGAUCCUGGUAUCGUCAGAAAAUGACAUCUACAUUGCCGGAGGCUACCGACCAAGCAAUAGUGAGGUGUCGAUAGACCAUCGGGCAGAAAGUGACUUCUGGCAGUAUGAACAUGCGGGAAAUCGUUGGCUACCACAUGCACCUCUUUUAAGAGCAAGAAUUGGCUCUCGGCUGGUGCACUGCUGUGGGAAACUUUACGCAUUGGGUGGCAGAGUUUAUGAAGGCGAUGGUCGAAAUGCAUUAAAAUCUGUCGAAUGCUAUGACGCCAGGGACAACUGCUGGACGGCUGUGAGUCCCAUGCCAGUAGCCAUGGAGUUUCACAGUGCGGUGGAGUACAGAGAUCGGAUCUAUGUCCUCCAAGGUGAAUAUUUCUUCUGCUUUGACCCUCGGAAGGACUACUGGAGUCAUCUUUCUCCGAUGAGCGUCCCUCGGAGCCAGGGUCUAGCUGCUCUCUAUAAAAACUGCAUUUACUACAUCGCCGGCAUCUGCAAGAAUCACCAGCGUACUUUCACUGUGGAAGUCUACGACAUCGAAAGAAACAGCUGGAGCCGUAAGAGGGAUCUGCCCUUUGACCAUGCGACGAGCCCGUACAUCAAAGCCAUGCUGUUGCAAGGCAAACUGCACCUGUUUGUACGGGCAACGCAGGUCAUGGUGGAAGAGCACGUGUUUCGCACCAGCCGCAAGAACUCCCUUUACCAGUACGACGACGAGGCUGAUGUAUGGACCAAAGUCUAUGAGACGCCCGACCGCCUCUGGGAUUUGGGACGCCAUUUUGAAUGUGUGGUGGCCAAACUCUAUCCACAAUGUCUACAGAGGGUGCUCUGA